AUGGGAUAUUCCCGCAGGGGCAUCGCCCUUUUGCCGCCAGCAUUUUCCCUUGCGGGCACCCCGUUUCCCCCAGAAACUUCCGCAGUGUGGCCAGGGUUGGCCCAUGCGACCAAACCAUGCUACGCCCGAAGCGCGUUGUUUUUUCCCCCUUCUGCCCUCGCAGCGGCGGCAAGGCGUUUUCCCUUUCCCUUAUCGGCGAAUCUGCGGUUACGGAAGCGUUCUCUCUUUUAUGCUUUCGGAAUGUGCGAUAAUGCCCCAUCGGUUUGUUUCGGCUUUAUUGCGGCUGCUUUUGAACGGGGUGUUCAUUUCUCUCUCUCGAUCGCCUUGGGGGUUUCGGUAUGGUCCAGUCUUGUUCUUGGGCCCCUUUGGCCAGUCCAUCGGGAUGUUUGCAUUUCAUGUGGAUAG